AUGGCUGUAUCAGAUGUUCCUGUAGGAAGUGUGUCAGCUGUCACAGUGUUCAACAACAGCAGCCUGAACCUGCCAACCUUCGUCCUGACUGGAAUUCCUGGGAUGGAGGCGAAGAACGCUUGGAUGGCCUUCCUCCUCUUUGUGCUCUCUGUCUCCACGCUGCUUGGAAACAGCCUCAUUCUCUUUGUCAUCAAGAGCGACCGACGCCUUCAGGAACCCAUGUACAUCUUUCUUUCCAUCCUGGCCUGCUCAGAUUUGGGAGUCUCCCUGUCCACCUUCCCAACCAUGCUGAGCGUUUACUGGUUGGACUCCAAGGACAUCCUAUUUAAUGCUUGCAUCACCCAAAUGUUCUUCAUCCACGCCUUUCACUGGCUGGAGUCUGGCAUUCUGGUGGCCAUGGCCUUCGACCGCCUGGUUGCAAUCUGUGAGCCACUGAGAUACCGAACUCUCUUCCCAAACACCGUUGUGGCAAAAAUGGGAGUAGCCACUGCAGUUAGAUGUAUCUCUGUCUCCUUCCCGGUUCCCUUUCUGAUUAAGCGUCUACGUUUCUGCAAAUCCAGGAGACUUUCUCACACCUACUGUCUCCAUCCCGACGUAAUGAAUCUGGCCUGUACAGACAUUAAGGUCAAUAUCUUGUAUGGGGUGGUCAUCAUCAUUUUUACAUUGGGGUUGGAUGUGGUCAUCAUCCUCGCCUCGUACGUUGUGAUUUUGAAGACGGUUCUAGGCAUGGCAUCCCACCAAGGACGUCUGAAGGCUCUGAACACUUGUGUCUCCCACGUUUGUGCCAUCCUCAUUUUUUACAUCCCCAUGAUCUGCGUCAGUCUGCUCCAUCGGUACGGGAAGCACCAGCACCCCCUGGUCCACCUGCUGAUGGCCAACAUCUACAUUGUGGUCCCACCUCUCCUUAAUCCCAUCGUCUACAGCCUAAAGACCCAGCAGAUUCGGAAGAGAAUGUACAACAUUUUUGCAAGGAAGAAAAGCAGGAUUUUACGGUAG